AUGAGCACCAUGGCGAUGAGGCUUCCGCAUAAAGCACAAUAUUCCAUCUUAGUACGAAAGGGUGACAAGUACUGGGGUUCUAGCUUCGAGAAACAUGUCGGUAUCAUGCCCGACGGUCAGCCGAUAAUUGCCCACGAGAUCAAUAAAAAUGAAUACAUGCAUUUCAAUACAAGAAUGGACUACAUUGGCUACGUUCUAGCUUAUUUGUUCGGUGAUGAAAACAUAUCCACAGAUGAGAAGAUUGUGAGUUUCAUGACUGAGCACGAGGCUGUACCAGUAAAGUCGCUGCCUGAGCACCCAAAAUUAAAGGCGAUUAAUGCGUAUCCCUGGGAAAUCGCAAAUGCAGUUAAAUUAAUAGUUCCACAAUUGCAUAUCUUUGAAAUGAAAGGCGUUGGUGAAUUGAUAAAAAGAAUUCCCAGUGUUCUACCCAAGUCCGCGUACCCAGAAUGUCAAUAG